AUGCUUUUCUGCGCCCAGAAAAUCUCUCUGCACAACACGUACCCAGUUUACAAAGGAGAGAGUUCGGAAGAACUCUUCACUGUUGGGGACAAAAACACGAGGGACGCCGCAGAAUUGACAUACGAGAUUCAACUCGAGUCUGAAUCAGAACCUACCUUCCCAGUGAAGGGUGACUUUGUUCGUCGCAACUAUGAAAUCAUUUUCAAAGUAUCGUCGAUUGCGGCGGAGGUUGCGAUGAAGCAUUUCUCCCUGACCUCUAUGAUUACGGGCAGAAGCAAUUAUGGAGUGCUUGUUAGUCCCAACGUUGAUCAGGCGUUUGUGGCUGCUGUGGUUACAAUGAUGGAAGCUAUCCACAAUGAGAACAAGGAGAAACGUGGUCGCAAGCACUCAGACUGA